AUGGAUGCAAAAAAAUACCUAACCAAUGUUACAAUUAAACAAGAACCCAACACUUCUACCGCUAAAAAGAUUUUACUCUCUAAUUCAACGUUAUCUACACUAUCUACAAAAAAUGUGACAAAUGCAAGAUUGCCGUCUUUCAAACCUCCAAGAGAUUUAUUUUUAACAGGUUCGGUAACCGGUAGUGCAAAUUCUAGUUUUAAUGUUAGUACCAAUAAUAAAGGUACCAAAAGAACCUAUAUACCCAAUGUAAAUGUAACUCGUAAAAAAGGAUCCAGUAAUUCAGGAACAGAUUCUCACCAAAAGAAUAAAAAUGAUGAUAAAAAUAAAAGAAAUCAAAAUUUUAAAAAGCGAAAUGCUAAUGUUGUACAAACCAAAGGAGUUUUUUCAGAGGGUUUAGCUCCUGGAAAAAUAAAAGCAUAUGGAAAUAGUUCGGAUGAAAGAGUUUCUUCUGCUCAGAGACAAUUAAUGGACAAACCGAAAUUAAAUUUAAAUAAAGUAAUUCAUAAAGCUGAUGAGGAUUUAAAAUUAAAAUCAAUAUUAAAAGAUGAUUUUGUAGAUGAUUCUUCUCAAAUUCCAGACAUUAAUUUUAUUCCUAAUAGUCUUCCUAUGAUGUACAAUAAUUUAGAAGAUGUCGAUCAAACAUUUGAAUCACUUCAAAUGAAAACAGAAAAAGCAUCAAACAUUAAUGUAAUAACUAAAAAUGAAAAACCAUCUAUAGAACCUGCAUUCGAAUGUAAUCAAGGUCCUAAAAUGUUUUUAUUCGAGUUUCCUAGUCUUGUUAAAUCAAAAAUAAAUGUUUCAAAGCCACAAAAAUCUUCCAAGACUCAACCUGUAGAUAAUGAAAAAGAAAGUCCUUAUUUUAAAUUGUUAAUAAUUGAAAUUUGUAGGAUAAUUAUGAAAAUCUUUCAUCACAUGGAGAAGGGUUUUUCGGUUAUUUAA